GCGUGAGUUUAUUCGCGGACUCUUCUGUAAAGGUGAACCCAAGUGCUUAUCUCAGCCCGCAAACAGCGGUAUUCCCUGUUAUGCAUAAACUACGUAUUCUUCUUCGGUUAAUUCGUUUUAGUUUCUCCGAUGUCUCCCUGAAUUCAUCUGCCAAGAGAGAGUUUGCAACGCUUAGGGAGACGACCGAACAUGUUUGUUUUUAGAUCAGUCGCAGAACUUCUCCGCACGGCCUACCUAGACCAACGAUGAUGGAGUGGUUAUGGAGUCCGUGGUUCAUGUUAUGUAUGCUGGUUUUCCAAGGCACUACCGGUGACAAAGAACCACUGCAAUGUUAUUCCUGCAGCGGUACAACGGCUGAAUGUCGGGACGCGCAAGAGCAUGUUCUGAAAACGUGCGAUCCGGCGGCAACGUCCUGCGUCAGUAUGCGGCAUUUCAAUCAGCCGCUAAAUUUUAAAACUCAUGCCAUUGAUUCAGUGUACUAUUAUCGAGAUUGUGCUGGGGAUUUCUUCAGUCGUGUUUGGUUAGAUGCUUCCGACAGGACACGAACACUGACUGAGGCUGAAGUUCUGAUGUGUGCAACCAACAAAUGUAACGGGAAAAGCAAAGUCCCGGUGCAGUAUGCUACGAUGGCAACACCACCACCAAAUACUACCACUACGACGUCAUCAGGCACGACAGACAGCCGAUGUCCCUAAAGGUUAAAGCAACAUCAGCUGGUUUAGCCGUGUAAAUAGAAUGUUCUUGAAUUUAAAGGACUUUCGCGGCGCUCCGGUCGAUUCAGAAUGUUUUGAAAAAUCUGAUUGUUUCAGCAAACAAUUCGUCAGAUUAUUAAAACAGAUGCAGUGGUACUCACAGUUAUUAUCAUAAACUACAGAACAACUGCCGAGCUUGACGCAAAUGAAUUUACUGUCCGAAAGUUCUCGCAAUGCAAAAUUAGAAUCAAGCAAAAC